AUGAAGACAUCGGGCCCGAUCCUGCGCGGCACAGACGAAGUUCGGUUCGGUCGCAAGUACAUGGGCAUGGUGGCUAUGCCCGAGUACAUCGAGAGGGGUAUUUCGCAGCUGGUGGACAAGGCAGACAAGAAACAGCUACGACACGACUAUCUCAGGAUUGCUGACGCGCUGAGUGGUGAACGGCCUAAAGCCGAGUCCUUGGUCAAGCCCGGCACACCGCUGACACCGCACUCGAUCGAAUACGGGGCCCGCGAGUCGAUUGCGUUCCUGGCUUCCAGUUCCCCGGCGACAUACGGCGUCAUUUUCAACAUCCUGACUGAGCUAGCCGAUCGACUUCCAGGAUUCCGUCCUGACAGCAUCCUGGACUUUGGGUGUGGUCCCGCCACAGCUUUGUGGGCAGCCCAGGAAGUCUGGCCGCAGCUCAGCAAGUACCGCGGCAUUGACGUCUCCGAAGAUAUGCUGAAGUGUGCGGAAGCCCUGCUGGACAAGAUACCUGAGGAGAACCGCGCAAAGGAAAUCGACUUUAUGCGCUAUCUGGCGCCGCAAACCGAGGCCAAGGAGCAGUCGAAGCUGGUGAUCUCGGCAUUCACCCUGUCGGAGCUGCCAUCGGAUAGCGUGCGGAAAACCACCGUCGAGAAUCUGUGGAGCCAGACCUCGGAUACCCUGGUUCUGAUUGACCGUGGCACGCCUGACAGCGCCCGCAUGAUCGCUGAUGCCCGUGCGCAGCUCUUGGAGCUCGGCGGUGUCCAUACGUUUGCACCUUUGCCCCACGACCAGCCCGAUCCGACCACUAACGCACAGGCAUGGCUGCACUUUUCGCAGCGUGCGCAGCGGCCCACGUUUACGAUGCGCGUCAAGCGCGCCAAGUCCAAUAUCGAAGACCUCAAGUACUCGUACGUUGUCGUGCGUCGAGGCCCCAGGCCCGUGGCAGAGCCGAGGCUGUCGGUCGAGUCGUAUACGUGGCCAAGAGUUUUGUUGCCGCCGCUGAAGCGCAAGGGCCAUGUAAUCGUCGAUGUCUGUACGUUCCAGGGCAAUGUCGAAAGGUGGACGUUCACAAAGUCGCACGACAAGCAGGCGUACAGAGAUGCGCGCAAGGCCAACUGGGGAGACCUGUUCCCAGCACGAGCCAAAGUCGGCCGUGGUCCGUCCGGGCUUCAUGCCGUUACCUGA